UGAAUAUUGUUGUCAUUAAAUGACAUAUUUAAUUUUGUAAAUUUUGUAAUAAAUAAAAUUCAAAUGCACUUUGUAUUCAAUUUGCCAUCGUAAAUUAAUCCUAGAUUGACAGAAGCUGUUUAGUGUUUGCUUAUUAUGAAGAACUAAAAUAAAAUGGAUAAACCAAUGUAUGAACUGGACAAAAUAUGUCGGCUGUGCUUGCAAUCGCUGCAGGUCGGUUCGCAGGUCAAUCUGUUUGCAGUGAAUUUCUCCAUCCGUCCCUCGGAUAUGAUUUCUCGGUGCGCAUCGGUCGAAAUCUACGAAAAGGACGGCCUUCCGGCGUCAAUCUGUAACGAUUGCUUCUACAAGCUGGGCAUGGCAUUCGAGUUUCGCAACCGAUGUGAAGCGUCCGAUCUCAAGCUAAGAAGUUUUAUUCACGGCUCGACCGAUCCCGUUCAACCCGAUGUGGUUCGCGAGGAAGAGAUUUACGAGGCUAUGAGUGCUAUAUUUGGACCGGACGGAGCUGCAGAAUCGAAGGAAAGUAUUUUUUCCAAUUCAAAAUCAGUGGAGGAUGCUCCUAUGGAAGGUUCCGCAAAGAAUGUGAAAAAAGUUCAACCUAUUAAGAAACGAUCACAAUUGGAUGAGCUGUUGGUUAAACAUAAGGCAAAGCUGAAAGAAGAAGGAAAGAAAGUUAACAUUUUUAAACAACGUAGGGCAAGCAGGAAGACUUCAUUUACUGGAACGAAGAAAGGCACCCCUUUGAAGGAACCAGAACAUUGUGAUACUUGCGGAAAAACAUUUAAUUACAGUGGAUACUUGCAAGCUCAUCAAAGAAUUCAUUCGGGAGAAAAGCCCUUCCAAUGUCAGAUUUGCCACCGAAAGUUUACUCAAUCGGGAAACCUUCAGUUGCAUCUUCGUACCCACAGCAAUGAACGCAAAUAUCAAUGCGAAAUUUGUAGUAAGCUGUUCAGGACAUCCAGCAAUUUACACGCUCAUAGAAAGACGCACUCAGAAGAAAGAAACUUCGCAUGUGGCAUUUGUGACCGUGCGUUCAGAACUGCGAAGGAAUUACGCAAUCACGCCGACACGCACAGCGCCGUUAAAAAUUUCGUCUGUAGGUUGUGCCCCAACAAAUCGUUCCACAAGCAAUCGUACUUGAACAGUCACGUUAAAACGGUCCAUAUCGGAGUCAAGCGACACCGGUGUCAAGACUGUGGCAAAAUAUUCUCCAACAGCUCUAAUCUCAUAGCUCACCGACGUGUACAUAGUGGCGACAGACCUUACUCGUGCGAGGAAUGUGAGGCAAAGUUCACACAAUCUCCUGCAUUGCUUCGACAUAUCAAAGCGAAACAUAGGCCAAAACCUGCGGAAUUAGUUAUACCGGAAAGAGUAACCGAAACAUUCGAACCUACUAUAGAAGUCGACGAGAACCGAUCCUUAGACAGUGCAGCAAGCUCAGAACUGUCUGUAGCAACGUCCCUGAUCGACAACACGACCGGAUACAGCGUACCCUACAUGACAAACUAUCUGACUUCGCACUCUCAACCGCAAACGAAUCAACCCCACAUAGCGAACCCAGUUCAAAUGGCAAAUGGCAUAACAAGCAACAUGUACUCUGGUGAACCCUAUCAGUAUUCUACGAAUUCUUCUGCACUUUCACACCACCACUAUCAGCAACAACAUCUGGACGUUGGUAGCUACGACAUGUGCUACACUAUGCCAACCCAUUCUGUGCUGAACCCGAGUCUUAUGAAUCCUCAACCGACUUACAUUUUCGAUCAGUAGGUCUACAAUCAAUUGCGAAAAGCAAAGAAUCUGAAUUGUGCAAUUUGGUUUAAAUUUUAUAAAAAGAUAAGAAAAAAAGAACGAAUAAUACG